AUAAAUGGCAAUGGCAUACUAGGGCCUUCACAGGCAAAUACAGAAAACAGUAUCCAUGACAUGGAAGAACUAAUGAGUCUCUCAGGAGCUGGAGAUGCACCUUUCCUUGGCUUUACCAGUCAGAUGUCAGAUUUUUCUAAACACAGUGACAAAUCAGGAAAAGAGGUUGCAGAUGAUGAGUAUUACGAUGAGGAUGAUCACAAUGAAGUUGUCCAGUAUCUGUUGGAUGUUGUAGAUGAGGAAGCCCAGAACCUUUUUAAUCGUAAUAAUGCAACUUCAGAGGCUCAGAGCCUUCUACAUCUCAAGAAGGCUGCAUCAGAAGAUCACCUGCCAGUAGAGAUGAAUGGAAAGCUGACAGAAGAUAAGUCUGAAGACACGGACUGUGAUGGGUCAUCUUUACCUGAAGAUUUUUCAGAGCCAACACGCAUAAAUGGCUGUGAAGACUAUUGUGAAGUAAAUGCUAUGCCAGAAAGAUCUCCUCCACAACCUCCCUCGAGCCAAGCCGAUGAAGAUGAAAUCACAUGGGGAAGUGAUGAACUGCCAAUUGAAUCAAGCAGCCAGGAGUGUGUAAAUAAAGAUUUCCCUUUAGUGACAGAUGAAGAGAUCUCUGCAUUCCCUACUGUGAAUGUGCUCCCUGGAGGCAAGUACUCAGGAGCCAAAUUGAAGUCAGUGAUCAGGAUGUUGCAUGGAUUGCUGGAACAGGGAGUCCCUUCUAAAGAGAUUGAAAACCUUCAGGAAUUAAAACCUCUGGAUCAGUGUUUGAUUGGACAAGCAAAGGAGAAUAGGAGGAAGAACAGAUAUAAAAACAUACUUCCUUAUGACACCACUAGAGUACCUCUUGGGAUUGAAGGUGGAUACAUCAAUGCCAGCUUCAUUCGCAUGCCAGUGGGGAAUGAAGAGUUCGUUUACAUUGCAUGUCAAGGACCUCUCCCUGCCACUGUAGCAGAUUUCUGGCAAAUGGUUUGGGAGCAAAACUGUACUGUGAUUGCCAUGAUGACUCAGGAGGUUGAAGGAGAAAAAAUCAAGUGCCAACGUUACUGGCCAGAUGUACUCAAUAAAACUACUAUGAUAAAUGAUAGGCUACGGCUUGCUCUUGUAAGAGCCCAGCAGCUGAAGGGCUUUGUCAUUAGAGUGCUGGAGCUGGAAGAGAUUCAGACGGGUGAAGUACGGCACAUUUCCCAUCUGAACUUCAUCGCCUGGCCUGAUCAUGAUACCCCAUCUCAACCAGAUGACCUGCUUACUUUUAUUUCCUACAUGCGGCAUGUCCACAAAUCAGGUCCUAUCAUAACUCACUGCAGUGCAGGCAUUGGACGGUCAGGGACCCUUAUUUGUAUAGACGUUGUUCUGGGGUUAAUCAGCAGAGACCUCGAUUUUGACAUCUCAGAUCUGGUGCGCACCAUGCGUCUGCAGCGACAUGGGAUGGUUCAGACAGAGGAUCAGUACCUUUUCUGCUAUCAAGUUGUCCUUUAUGUCCUGAAACAUCUCCAACAUGAAGAGCAACAGAGAGGCAAAUAA